AUGACGAAGUGGACUUCCUUCAGGGCCACUGAGCCCUCAAAACCUGCCACCUAUUGGUGUUCCUUUAGGCAGAGGCGGCACCUGACACUCCCAGUCAGCAGUUCCCUCGGUGGGGCCCCGGACUUAGGUACAGGCUCUGCUUCCAGUCGACCUGUCAGGAAAACAGACAGGAGAUGGUCAGCAUCCUGGCCCAGGGCCAGACGUCCUCCAGCAUUAAGUGACCAUGCCUCUGUCCCUGCCCCUACUGGUACUCUCCCCAACUCAUUGGACCUGAGCGCUGGCCACAUCUGUAAAACUUUGGACUUCUCCCAGAGUGGAGCAGGCCCCAGCGGGUCAUCAGGGACAGGGGGGAGUCCAAAGAUCCAGGGGACCCCCCCGGCCCACAACACCAGUUCCUCAGGGAUGACUGCAGGGAGGGUCAACCCUUAUAGUAUAGUGUCCUCGGAAGAAGACGGCUUGCAUCUAGCCACGAUGCCAGGAGCCAAUGGCUUUGGCAAUGGUAAAAUCCACACACGCAGGAAGUGUCGCAACCGCUUUGUCAAAAAGAAUGGUCAGUGCAAUAUUGAGUUUGCCAACAUGGAUGACAAGUCUCAAAGGUACCUGGCUGACAUGUUCACGACCUGUGUUGAUAUCCGGUGGAGAUAUAUGCUGUUGAUUUUCUCUCUUGCCUUUCUGGUUUCCUGGUUGCUCUUUGGAGUGAUUUUCUGGGUCAUCGCCAUUGUGCAUGGGGACCUGGAUAGAUCCUCAGAUGAGAGAAACUACAAGCCGUGCAUUCUUCAGGUGCACGGCUUCAUGGCCGCAUUCUUGUUCUCCAUUGAGACACAGACAACCAUUGGCUAUGGCCUCCGUUGUGUGACUGAGGAGUGCCCCAUCGCUGUGUUCAUGGUGGUGGUACAGUCCAUCGUUGGCUGUAUCAUAGACUCCUUCAUGAUUGGGGCCAUCAUGGCCAAGAUGGCCAGGCCCAAGAAACGGGCCCAGACCUUGCUCUUCAGCCAUAAUGCAGUGGUGGCCAUGAGAGACGGGAAGCUUUGCCUUAUGUGGCGGGUGGGGAACCUGAGAAAGAGUCACAUCGUGGAGGCUCACGUCAGAGCUCAGCUGAUCAAGCCAAGGGUCACCGAGGAAGGGGAGUAUAUCCCCCUUGACCAGAUUGACAUUGACGUAGGUUUCGACAAAGGCCUAGACCGCAUCUUUUUGGUGUCUCCCAUUACCAUCCUCCAUGAGAUCGAUGAGGAGAGCCCACUGUUUGGCAUCAGCCGACAAGACUUGGAAACUGAUGACUUUGAGAUCGUGGUGAUCUUGGAAGGGAUGGUAGAGGCCACAGCCAUGACCACACAGGCCAGGAGUUCCUACCUGGCUAACGAGAUCCUAUGGGGUCACCGCUUCGAGCCUGUCCUGUUUGAGGAGAAAAACCAAUAUAAGAUCGACUAUUCUCACUUUCACAAAACCUACGAGGUCCCAUCCACUCCCCGUUGCAGUGCCAAGGACUUGGUAGAAAAUAAAUUUUUGCUCCCAAGCACCAACUCCUUUUGCUAUGAGAACGAACUGGCUUUUAUGAGUCGGGAUGAAGACGAUGAGGAGGAGGAUGAUAGUCGAGGUCUGGAUGACCUGAGCCCUGAAAACAGACAUGAGUUUGAUAGACUUCAGGCCACAAUAGCCCUCGAUCAGAGAUCUUACAGAAGGGAGUCAGAAAUCUGACCCCUGUGGUCCAGUCUCUUCGUCUUCUCUUUUCUCCUACAGUCCACCCAGGUUUAUGCAGAACAUUGUUAAGUGCCAUAGGGAUGGUUGAAGAUUUUAGUAGUGUCUUAGUAGUUUCACAUGUUACAUCGCAAUAACCUUGAAAGGGUUGGCAGGGAGAAGGAUAGGAAGUCACAAGCCGACCCCUGAGGGUUUAGACUUCCAGCCCUAGCUGGCUGGAGGGUCUUUCCCCAAGAUUCAGUUAGUGGGCUCAGAAGGGGAAAGGUAACGCCGCCCCCAGGGGCUGGACAGGGGCCUCAUUCAGCAACCAGGGCUUUUCCCUUGGAUGCCUGGUAAGACAGCAAAUAGCUCCUUGAAGUCAAAGGUCACAAAGAAUCUCAGUUUUGUGUAGCCUGGAACCUAAUCAGGUUAGAACAGACUGAGAAUUAACCUUAUGCCUGGCCAGGAGACACAGUUGAGCUUGCCUGGGGAUGGCAGCUGGGUAGGUGCGAUGCUGCACACUGGUUUUUAACUUAGGGGGGAGACAUCAGGUUUUUAAUUUUUCGACUUAGCGCUGGUGAGACUGUUUACAACAAAAAAAACAUAUAUAUAUAUUAAAUUAAAAUAUAAUUCCAAAAAAGAACAUUUUUUAAUCAACAAAAAAAUAAAACACAACAGAGCAGAACAAUAGAACAGAACUUCCCUCCCCCCCCCAUGGAAUGGAACAGCCCAAAGGAGGCCCCGGCAUCUGGCCAAAGGGGGUCAGGGAUACACUGGAACUGUCUCUUUUUCCUUGAGAAGGCUCCAUCCAUCCCAGGGAGGUGGACGCCAGUGUCCGCCCGUGGUGUUAGCAACAGCAAGCACAAUUAUUUACACCAUAGAUCAUGUUGCUCAUAAGGAAAUUUAGAUUCCAUUUGUAAUAGAAAAGCAAAACCAUAUUAAUAACAAUAAUAAAAACUAAAAAGUAUGGUUUCGGGGGGAGGGUUGGGUCAAGGGAAGGGACUGGUUUAAGAUCUCUUUGCACCUUAAGAUACAUUUCAGUAUGAAUCAUCCCCGAGUUGAACCCAUCCCCUUUCGUGUGGCUUGAAGGCCACUGCUCAUUGGAAAUGGUAGGAAUUGGCAAUGUUGGGUUUUAUUUUUAUAUUUGUUUUCAUUUUUUCUUAACCACCCAACUGUCUGAAGCCCGAGAAAUCACGUUAUAUUUUGAGUUGAGCAAAAAGUAGGUUAUUGCUUACUCUGUCUUGGUCUCCUCAGGCAAUGUGAUAUAAUGGGAGGAAUCCUGCAUAAGGAGUCUCUAGACCUCUGACACUUAUCAGGUAAAUCACUUAAUCUCUUGAGCCACAGUUUCCUCAGAGUCAGUAGAAGAAGGAGGCUAGUUUGGAUGAUCUUCCCUGGUCUCAUCUAACUCUAAAAUCCUAUGAUCUUUCUUCAACAAUUGGCAGUUUGGGGACUCACGAAUUGCCACCUUGGAUAGUCAUGCCAUGUGUGGAGAUCUGUCUGUCAAGUUUCCCAAAUAGCAGAAGGAAAACCAGGAAGGAAACUGACAAAAUGAAAAAACCCCACUCUGACUCAAACCGUCUUCACCCUCCAGGCACUUCGAAGUGGGUUGUGCGCACAAAGAGAUGAAAAAUUGUCCGGCUGAAGUUUCUUUUUACCUUAACCAUGAUUCACCCUUUUAAAAUCUUCCGUGAUGUACCUCCUAAAAAAAAAAAUCUCAUUCUGUCUCCUCUGCCACUCUAUGUAUCCCACCUUCUUAGCUGACUGUAGCACUGAGAAAUCAGCAACCCAGCCACACACACACACACACACAUAGAGAGUAACUGCCUACCCUGUGCUUUGGGGGAGGCUUGUGGAAAGGGCCAGUCCAGGUGUCCACUGUGAUAUUGGAGACCUGCCAUCCCAUCCUCUCUCCACCCCAGAAUGCUGGCUAUUUUAGAAAAAAUUAAAAAAAAGAAGAGAGCAUGCUGUUAUUCUCUGCCCUUCCCCUGGAUGUCCUGGCAGAGGCAUUCCCAAUCAUCCAUUACUAAGUGGAAAGGCAAAGAAUUUAGGAAGGGAGAGGUUGGACAUCCUGGUUAUCGCUAACUGACUUAGGUCAGGUGGUAUCGUCUAGGGCUGGCCAGGAAGAGCAAGUAACCCAGCUCAAUAGAAAGAGAGAUGGGUUUGGAGUCAGAGCACCUGAAUUCGAAUUCUGAUUCUGCCGCUUAUUGUCUGUGUGACCUUGGGUGAGCCAUUUCACCUCUGAAUCUCAGUUUACUCAUUUGUAAAAUGAAGAAGUUGGACUAGCUGGCCUCUGAGUUCCCAUCUUGCUCUCAAACUGAUUCCCCUAAAAUGUUCCACGUUUAUCCUUAAAGCCUCCUGCUACUUCUCUCUGUUCCCUGCCCCGUAGCAGCCACCCUUCUGGUGCCUACUAACAUCUGAGUCUCAUCACUUCGUUCAGUCUUAAUAUGGAACCCCCCUGAGAAUGUACGUAUGUAAUUUAAAAGAGGCACACAAGAAGAGGGCAGUUCUUGGCCCAAAGGAAUGUAUGUCUAGUAGAAUUUGAGGCACUGAGGCCAGAGAUAAUUUGGGCAGGGGGUUAUUCCCAUCAUCUAUGUCAGUAGCCUAUAUAUGAAGCCAUUUAUUAUUCUCUGACUGACUCCCAGAAUGAGCCAGCUGGUUGGCCACGGGAACCCUGAGAUAGAGUUACAAUGUUUCAGGGAUGGUGACCAAGUGCCAUCUGUCCCAACUCUGGCCCAGAAGGCUUCAGAAUCCAGACCCAGCAGAGCUUGGCCUCACCAUCCAGAUUUCGGGAGUGGGAAAGGGUUUUCUUAGGUGACUGGGAGUCAGUGAGUAGACAUUCCAAACCUGCCACCUCGGAAUGUUUGUUCUGGAGUUUGGCUUCAUUUUCAACUUUUUCUUUCCCCCUGACUUGGGAGAAAAAGCACCUGGAGUGUCAGAUCUUGAAGGAGUCUGAGAGGUUAUAUGGUCCAUUCAACAGAAGAGGCUAAUCAAAACCAGAGAGGUCAAGAGGCUUGCAAAUGGUCACAUAGCACGUUAGGGUCAGGACCAGGACUAGAACCUGGGAUUUCUGACUCCCAAUCCACAAUUAAUUCAGUACGGCUGGCUUUUUUCCCCCUUUUCUUUUUUUGAAACAGAAGGUGAGGAAACAAAGGAUCUGGGGGAAGGGGGAGGGGGAGGGUAGCCUUUGCCUUCCCUUGCCAAUCAUGUGGGGACAAUCCAUGCCCUUUCUCCAUAUCCUUUCUCUCCAAGGCUCAGCCCUUCUCUCUGCCUCCACCUGUUUCUUUGCAGCCGAUCUCAACCUCUUCUCCCCCUUAAGUGGAAUUUCCCAUGACUGAUAACCAUAUGACACUGGACCCAUCUUUGGUAUUUCCAAGGCAGGAAAUAGAUGCCUGCCGGGUCUCACCCACUCCAGCUGUCUCAAGACCCAGCCACAAAGGCUGGAGAUGACCUCCCACAUCCUUCCUACAGUCUGGGAUAGCUUAAGCAAUAGUAAGGGGUGGGAGGGGGGAAGGGGGGGUGUAGAGGGACAGGAUUCUCUUAUUUAUUUUUUAACUGCUUUUAGGUUCUUUCCAAGGUGCAAAAAUGCUGCUGUAAGUGUUCUUAGAGGCUUGAUGAUUUCUUAAUCUACAAGACAUGACUAAAGACUGAUUUUUUUGUUAAAGUAAUAAAUACACCAGAACUUA